CCGAUGUGCGCCCCCCUUCCGAGUCACGCCAUUGGCCACGCUCGUUUACAUUUUGUGUAAAUCCGAGACUGAUUUUGCCCGCGGGUCGCACUACAAACUACUCAGUUGUUCACAUUUUACAAACUGCUGAAACCGAAGCGACUGACAACGUUGUUCGUAACGUAAAACCUCACAAACCGGUGAAAAUGAAUGGUUUCCACGGUCUCAUCUUCGCGUACCUUGUUAUUUCCACGCUGAAUCUCGCUUCAAGUAUGUCGACUAAGAAGGCUAUGAUGAACCAUGGAAGCAUGAAGGGGGCCGGGAAGCAGCAAGGCUUGUCACGUGGCAACAAUAUGCAGAGCACGAUGUCACCGUCCAGCGCACCGAGCGAAGAAGACGAAGACGAGUCCGCGGAAAGCGAGAGCAUGGAAGCUGCGCAGAUGGGCGAAGGUGGAAACAACUGCACGAUGUCGGGUAUGGACAUGAAUGCAAAAAAUGACAUGACCAACGGCGACAUGAAAGGGGGCGUGACAGCCUCCCCAAUGAAAAACAUGAAGAGCAAAUGGGACAUGGGCAUGGCGAAGGCAAACUGCACCGCUCAACAAAUGGGAGGCACGGGGAAAGGCGGUGGGAAUAGCAUGAUGAUGACAACGAUGAUGACGAAGGAAAAGAACAAGAUGCCGUCGACAAUGGCGACGCCAAGGGGACGUCGGAACUAAUAGCACUUGCCUCCGGGACGUCAC